CAAACACAAACAUUACUAUUCCCUGCUUCAGUCUUGAGAUGAGAGGGAGAAACGUGCAAUGACACCAUGGCCAACGACAAGAAGAGCCACGGCCUGUACUGCCAGAAGUGCCGAACACCCAUCGACAUCGAUGCCUCCAUCGACCAGCUCAACCCUGCAGCGUUCAAGCUGUUGACUGACUCGACUUUCACAGCUCAGCAGCAGUCCCAAAAGAGCGAUCUCCCUCGCCAGUCGCGCCCCACGUACCCAUCGUCCAGACAACAGACGUACGAGACCGCGAUACAGUCUGCGAGGAACCCGACCUUCAAGCGCAGUGUACCUUCUUCGAGAUUUCAGCAUGGUGGCCAGAACCCUGCCAUGUCGUUCGUCAACGUACACAUGUCCGAGUCGAUGAUGGACCCACCUGAACAUACUCCACCAGUACGCAGUCCAGAUCAGCAGCCGCAGACAGAAACAAUGCCGAUACAACCGGGCGCGCCCGAACUUUCGAGAAGGGCGAAUGCUACCGCAGGAUCGGGAACAAUCGGAGGAGCGAGCCUGGCAGAUGGCUUGGAGACCACACAACGGAUGUUCGAGAUACUAUCUGCGCGUUCAGACAUCGAUCACCCCAUCUGCGUCGAGUGCACAGAGCUUUUGGUAGACCGUCUCCAGAAGCGACUUGGAGUAGCCACAAAAGAGCGCGACGCAUAUGUGGACUAUCUGCGACGGGCCAAUACAGACGUACCCAGCGCUGAAGAGGUCAAGGCCGCUGAUGCGGCACUAAAGGCUGCAAAGAAGGCUGAAGCCACCGCGAUUGUCAAUCUCGAGAAGCUAGAAGCAGAGAAGGUGGACCUAGAUGCACAGUUGGCUGCGCUUGAAGCUGAAGCCCGCCAGCUCGACCGGGAGGAGGAAGACUUUUGGAAAGACAGGAACGCCUUCAACUCUACCUUGUCAGAGUUCCAAAACGAGCGGGAUGCACUCACGGCACGACAUGCGCAUGACACACAGAUCCUGAACCAGCUCCAGCGAAGGAGUGUGUACAAUGACACUUUCAACAUAACACAUGACAACCACUUCGCCACCAUCAACGGUCUUCGCCUUGGUCGUCUGCCCCAUCCAUACGUUGACUGGCCGGAGAUCAACGCCGCAUGGGGCCAGACAUGCCUCCUUCUUGCCACACUUGCUGAGCGCCUUGGCUACAAAUUCCAAAAUUACGAACUCUCACCUAUGGGCUCGACUUCUACAAUCUUGAAGCACGAAGUCAAGAACGGAGCUUCGGUCGCCGACACUCGCGCGUCGACGGCCAGCUCUCCCAAUAUUCAGAAACAGCGCCUCGAGCUCUACUCCUCAGGCGACUUCCCUAUCAACUUUGGCUUCCUGCAUCGCAAAUUCGACACCGCAAUGGUAGCGUUUCUUGAAUGCUUACGACAACUUGGCGAGUUUGUCGAAACCCAAGGCAUUGAUGCUGGAAGCAGCUUACGUGUGGGUAUGGGCGGCCCCGGCGUUAAGAUGCCGUAUGAGAUCCGCAAAGACCGCAUUCAUGAUCAAAGUAUCAAGCUGGCACUGAACAAAGAGGAAAGCUGGACGAAGGCGUGUAAGUACACGCUGACGUGUUGCAAAUAUCUUUUGGCGCAUGCGAACAAUGUCGAGAGUAUGGCUGCGAGGAGAAGAUGAGACUUUUAAAGAACUUUACAAAUAUGAUACCCUUGACUUGUAUGUCUACUGCUCAUCCAAAAGACGUACGCUACAAAGCAGUCUGCGUCCGACCAGCAGUCAAAAGGCCGACAUUCGUCAUUCACAGACUUCGAUUUGUCUCAAGUUUUAUCGGCUUAAUCAGCCUUGUAUUCCGUGCUGCAAUCAUCGAG